GUUGGAAGUGGGGGUUGCUUACCAUCAGAGCAACCCCUCUUGUCUAAGGUGUAUUUAUAGUUUAUUAGACAUUAUUAAUUAUGAACCGACGUACGUUUAUUCUCUUUUCAUGCUAAUGUUUUUUAUGUAGUUGAUGCUGAGGAAUAUUUCUCCAACAGCAUUUGAGCAAACAACACUGAAUUUGCCUGAAUCAUUUGAAAACGAAAGGGAUAAUGAGGUGGCAUCUGGAGAUGGUGCUGAAGUUCAUCUUAGUUAUGACGACUUUAGCGGUCCGCCGCCUCAAACAAGUAGGAAGCAGCCUAUAACUAAACCUGAUCAUCCGUUGAACAAUGAUGACUGGAGCACCGAGUUAAAAAGACUGAGUGAUGGACAGUUGGAGUUGAAGAGUGAGAUUCAGAUGCUCAACAAGGAGGUUGCAUCACUCAAGGACUGCGUGGUAGCAUCCUUUGCAGAUGCUUUUAAAGCCAUCAAGUCUCUGUCGAAGAAACAAAGAGAAAAGACUGCUUGCGAGGUAAUGCACAAUGUAGGGGUCCCUUUGAUUUAUUUUUUUUGGUAAAUAAUUUUUUAUUAA